UAACGUGGGAAAAAUACAACUUAGCUGUACUGUGGUACAUUUGAUAAUAAGGUAUUUUAUUAUAAUUUAGUGAUGUUUAAAUCAUCACUGUAUGUGCUGUUAAAGGUAAAAAUAUGUUAUUAAUACUUUCGGCAACUUUGGAAGCAUUGUCCUUAAGUUAUGUAAAAGAGCUUCGCAUGUUGUCCAUGGGAUUGUUGACACGACAGUGUUGUAGCAGAAGAGGGACAAGAAAAGAAGUGCGAGUGUGAUGAAGUAAUAUUAACAAGAAAGAGUGAGGCUUCAGUUGAUUAUGAAAUGAGUGUUACUGAUGCAGUAAUGGAGGUUUUAGAAAUAAAAAUGGAACCCUUUUAUGAUGAAGAACAACAAAAUGCUCUAUUGAAUAUGGAACUAAUGGAAAAUGAAGAAAAAACCAUUACAUCAUCUAGUACAACUGGGGAAUCUUCCUUCUUAUGUAAAGGAGGUUCAUGUGCUGUUCAUGAGAGUGUUGUAGCAGAAGAGGGAGAAGAAAAUAACUGUGGUGAAGUAAUACAAAAGACUGAGAACAAUGACUGGAUGCUAAUCCCUGGUGUACCAGGGAAGGACAAACAGACAAGAAUAUAAAUCUAGAGAUGGGUGAGACACUCUUUCGAUAGCAUCCUUGGCCAAAAGGUCUAACACCACAUUGGAGAAAUUCUGGGGGGAGACAGAAUCCCCUGUAGGAGGGGGAAAAAAAAAGAAUAGGAACAGUAUACAAAGGAGGAGGAGAAAAGAAAGGAAGGGUAAAGCAAACAGAUAUAGCCUGCAGCCGUCAACUGUCAACCACAAAAGAAUCCACGAGUUCAAAUCAAGCCAAAUGGGCCCCCACUGUUCCUGAGCCCAGAUGGUAGUCACUGAUGAGACUGUUGGUGCUGCAACCUACAGAUGAUGGAAGAAUGGAUGGUAGAAGAGGAACAGGAUUAAAAAUAGCUAGAAGAAAGGAGUUAGGAGGAUAGGAAACAGCAACUGGAAGAGAAGGGGCUUGGAAAGGACACAAGGGUAGUCAAGGAAUAAUAUUGAUGCACAGUCUGAAACCACCUGUUAGUGCAUGCUUGUUGCAUGCAAUAAUGCAAUAGUAUCACAUGGAAACACUUGAGUUCAGAUGGGAGCCUCAAGACUAGUGGCAAGCAAAAAAAAAAUGCAUGUAGAGGGCAGCACUGAAUCAGAAAAA